ACUGGCUCUACAGACUAGGAAAGAGUUGUGUGUCGUUGGAGUGGUCCCCGUUCCUCAACGUGGGGAUCCCGGGCCAGUCCGGGACACCAAGCAGGGACCAUGCCUGUGUUGGCACCCCCGGCUGAGCACAGCCAGGACACUCGCGUUGGGGCCCCAGCAUGGCGCGAGGCCACAAGGGCCAGAACAAGGAAGGCGCACCAUGUGACUGAGCGCUGCGGGCACGAGGCGGUGGCCAUGUGGCAACCCAAGGACAGCGUGCAGGACCCGAACGUGGCGCACCACCUGUGCCGCGCCGCCUACAUCCAGCCUUGGCGCUUCCGCGUGGAGAUGCUCCGAGGUGGAGGCCACGUGGAGAAGCCGCCGCCGGGCGAGGGCGUCACGCUGUGGAAGGGCAAGAUGAAGCCGCCCGCCUGGCACGCCCGACUGCCGCUGCCUCUGCACCGCGACGCGCGCGCCCUGCAGACGGCCGAGGUGGUGCUCGCGCACGCGCGCGGGGCGCGCCUCACGGCCGCCCGCCUCGGCCACGCGCAGCAGCAGAUCAACGGGCAGGUGCGGCAGCUGCAGCGCCAGCGCGAGGCCACGGACCGCAGGCUCAGCGAAGUGCGCAAGGGCCUGCUUAUUAACCAGCAGAGCGUGAAGCUGCGGGGCUACAGGCCCAAAUCUGAGAAGAUCCCUGACAGAGCUGACAGCAUGCUUACCUGGGAGAAGGAGGAGCUAAAGAACAUGAAGAGGAAAAUGGAGGAAGAUAUGGAAAAAUCAGAAGCCCUGCUCAAGGCCCUGGCCUCCUGCCGCGACACUCUGGCCUUCUGCUGUAAGGACAGGCUCCAGGCCGUGGACCUCAUGAACCAGCCACUGGACAAGGUUCUAGAGCAGGCGGGCCGCCACUCGUGGGUGAACCUGUCCCGCGCCCCCACCCCACGCACUCAGGGUCAGAAAACGCCGCCUCCAGACCCUGUGGGCACCUAUACCCCAGAGUGCGCCGCGGCGCUGAACGAAGCCAAACUGUUGUUGGUUGAGUCCAAUGACAACUUGGUAGAAAUGGCAAAAAAUGAAGCCAAAACCCGGGAGCAACAAUUACAGAUCAGCGACCGCGUGUGCGCCUCGCUGGCGCAGAAGAUGCGGGAGACCUGCGAGCUGAAGGAAAGACUAAACAUGAGUGUAGGACUGAUGAGGGGGACGAUCCACCGGUGCACGAAAUUCAAGCAAGAGAUGUACAUCACCCGCGGCCUCAUCAAGGGUCCUCUGUCGAAACGUCACCUAGAGACCCGAGAAAAGUUGGACCGACCCCUGGUUCGCGUGUACCAGAGACACGUGGGCACCCAACUCCCCGAGGCCACACGCCUAGCUCAGGGCACAGACAAACUACAGCGCCACAUCUCGCACGUGGAAAAGAACCUGAACGAGCUGCUCACCAUGCAGAAGAACCUCACCUGGAGCCUAAACUGCAAAAAGAUCGGGUUCGAUGUUGACCACAACGUGGUGCGCCUGCGCCUGCGCCAGCGCCACCCGCACGUGUGCUAUGAGCAGGCGCAGCGCCUGGUCAACGACUGGGACCCGCGCACGCCGCCGCGCUGCGACACCGACGCCGCCCCCGAGUGACGGGCGCGCCCCCCGCCCCAGCCUGCUGGCCCGCGAUGCUGGCCCGCCCCUCGGAAAUCAGUCUCCCAGCCCAAUAGCGCUCCCUACCCCCGACUCCGCCUCCCUCUAAUCGCCCUCUAACGGAAUUUUAAUUAAAGAUAUUAAUUAU